UGCAAUGCUCUGCCACUCUUGUUUUCCCUCACUUAUUUAUUUCUAUUUUCAACAAAAAAUUAAUAAUUUCUUUAUGCUAUUUCUAUGGUGAAAAACGCGAGUUUAGAAAAGGUCGCUCUAUCCCCGUCUCUCUCUCCUCGUAGCAGCACUUCUUCUCUGCCUCUGUUUCUCUGUUACCUCCCCUCCCAUCCCAUACCAGACACACUACUAUCGAUAGGGGAGAGGGGAAUAGAGCGCACGUUAGCAACGGGCGCCUAAUCUUGCGCCCUGGUUCGGUUUCUAUCCAUGGAUUCUUCUACCGCUUUCUCUUUUCUUAAACCGUCGCUUCGUUACUACGGCAAAUAUUCUUUGACGCACUGAGAAAAAGAAGAUCGAUUCCACUUUUUUUUGCCUCUGUAUUUAUUUUCUUUUGAGCCUUGUACAACUUUGGCGGACAACCUAAGCGUUUCUUCUAUCGCCUGUGUUUUCGGUUACAGUAGAUUGGUUCGAUUUCUAAUCUAAGAAGAAGAAAAAGGAGGAGAGAAGAAGCGAGGGAUUUUCCAGGUGAAAUGUUGUGGAUUAGGCGAUUCUCGCGGUACUUCACUGCUGCGAUGGUGAUGAUCCUUGUGUCACCUAGUCUGCAAUCCUUUCCUCCCGCCGAGGCUAUUAGAUCGUCUCAGCUCGACGGAUUUCUACGGUUUCCAGGUCAAAAAUCCACCGCAGAUUCGAUGGACCGGUUUUCAUUCAGAAAAGCCUCCGCGUUUCGCAAUGCAGAUGAAUGUAGCUCCACUAAGUCUGGGAAAACGGGCGUAUGCGAUCCUUCUUUGGUUCAUGUGGCGAUUACUCUGGAUGUGGAGUAUCUCCGUGGUUCGAUAGCCGCUGUGCAUUCGAUUUUGCAGCAUUCGUUGUGUCCUGAGAGCAUUUUCUUUCAUUUUCUGGUCUCAGAAACCAAUUUGGAAACCAUAGUAAGAUCCACUUUCCCUCAAUUGAAAUUCAAGGUGUAUUACUUCGAUCCGAUGAUUGUACGGGACCUGAUCUCCACUUCGGUUAGGCAAGCACUUGAACAGCCGCUAAAUUAUGCUAGGAAUUACUUAGCGGAUCUGCUGGAGCCGUGUGUGCGCAGAGUAAUUUACUUGGACUCUGACCUAGUCGUGGUUGACGAUAUUGCGAAGCUCUGGAGUACGAGCCUGGGCUCUAGCACAAUCGGAGCUCCGGAAUAUUGCCACGCUAACUUCACCAAGUAUUUCACCGACAAUUUCUGGUCGAACAAGAGGUUUUCCGAUACGUUUAACGGCCGGGAAGAGUGCUACUUCAACACUGGAGUGAUGAUCAUAGAUCUGGUUAAGUGGAGGCGGGCCGGAUACACGAAACGGAUCGAGAAGUGGAUGGAGAUCCAUAAGAACGAACGCAUCUACGAGCUUGGAUCAUUGCCGCCGUUCCUCCUGGUUUUUGCUGGACACGUGGAGCCGAUCGAGCACCGGUGGAAUCAGCACGGGUUAGGUGGUGAUAGUGUGAGGGGCAGCUGUCGUAAUUUGCACCCUGGUCCAGUUAGCCUCCUACAUUGGUCCGGUAGCGGCAAGCCUUGGGUCAGGCUAGACUCCAAAGAACCGUGCCCGCUCGACGGACUAUGGGCACGAUACGACUUGUACGGACACCGGCAUUGAAAUGACAGGAAAAAAAAAGAAAACUGGUACUAAGAUUAGUAAAUUACUAAAUUCCUCUUCAGGACUGUUUUUAUCAUCUUAUUGUUCUUUAAUUCUCCAUUUGUUCUCCCCAUUGUUUCGUGUCCUCUUCUUCUUCCACUUUCCCUCAGAGUAGCAUAUUUUGUUGAUUUUUUUUUAUUUAAAUUUUGCCUUUUCUUUAGUUUUACUUUCAAUAUGAUCUCUUAGGCGAUUUGUAUUUUAUUUCAUUCUAUUAUUCCAGCCUCCGAAAAUAAAAGGGAGAAAGAAAAGGUUGUGCAUUCUCUCUGUUUUGGACUUCAGCAUUCCA